GCUAAGGAAUAGUUCGUUGAAGUAUGGGAGAGCCACCAGGACACAGUUCAGCAUAGCUGUUUCAGUAUUCGUCUGAGCAGCUGAAUACUGAAGAGUUGUGUGAAUCUAUGCUCUGUUUUAGGAAAAGAAUAGGUGUGAUUUAGGAUGCCCAGUUUGGAAGAGAUCACUAAGAACUAAAGGAUCUGAUGUUGAUGUUUAACUCUGUGCUUCCUCUAUGAAUCAUUUAGUUUAUAACCAUUUACAUAUGGCAGCAGAGAGGCCUUCAAUAGCUUGGAAGUUAAAAGAUGCAUACGUGUGUUAGAGUGAAUUUCUAUUUACAGAGUGGAAACAAACUACUUUUAAACUCUCUUGUCAGCACUGUCUGAGAAUACUUUCAUUAGCCUAUGGUUAGAGAAUUUUCUGGACUGAGGCAGCAAGAGGAUCUGAAUGUGGCCUUCUGAUUUCUCUACAGCUAGGUGAUAAAUACCAUCUUCAUAGUUGCACAGUGUAUUUGCCCCAAGUUCAUGGACAGUAUGUUACUUGUUCUGUUUUGUCCAAGUUGUUUGUUGGUUGGGGUGGCAUCAGUCCAGCUUCAUUGCUAGAGUUCUCAUCAAACAAGAUGUAGGAGUAAAAGAAGAAAAAGGAACAAGCAAGGCAGUGGCAUGUCUUAAAGGUUAAGUUAUAGAUAACUCCUUAAAGAGCCAGUUUACCCAUGCAUUUGAUGAUGGGACAAGGAGAUUAGGGUAUGUUAGUGAUGAAGAGGGAAAGAGUAAGAUGAAGUGCUGAAUUUGAUCUCCUCAAGCAGAGGUUGCAUUUUUAAAAGGUUAGCUUCAGGAUGGAAAAAAUACAGAUACUCACCUGAGUAGUAAUACUCACCAGUAUUACCUGAAACAGAGACAGCUUACUCUGGGAGGAUACAUGAGAUUAAUUGCAGCUAACAUCAGUGCUUUUUUACCUUUUCAACAGGAGAGGAAAAAAUAAUUCAUUUUAGGAAGCCUUGGUUUAUUUUGCAGAACAAGAAUAUAUAGCUUAUGUUAAAAAAAAAAAACAAACACCAACAACUGAACACCUGCAUUGGAAUGAGUAUUCAGUGAAAGGUUGAGAAUACAGCUAUAAACACACUUAGCAGAUGUUUGACUUCUGGGUUGUUCUGUUCUGGGACCCGUGGUACAAAUGCGUUUUGUAGUGCUAAUGAAGUCUUGGAUCAGAGCAAAAAUAUUACCUUGGAGCUGUUCUUAGCAGCUGUUGAUGCAGAAAAUGUGAAGUGUGGAACUCAGUUUCAGCUCCUUUUUUGGUAUUCCCUGGGCUGGAAUUGAAGGCAUGCUGUCUUGCCCAUUCUGCUGCUGUGUGACCCUGCGGUAGCCGUAAUCAGUGGUCUGGGAGAUGAGUGAGCGGAGCAGGAGCGAUUGGCUGGGGAGCAAUUUCCCGGAGUACAUCUGUGUCAGGCACAGGCAGCUAAAGCAGUCAUGUAUGCGCAGGCUCUGAUCUCUGGGGAGGUUCAUUACAGGGUCUCCUACAAGGGCAUUCUCUGCUUCUGCACAUCAGCAUGGAAGAAGCUCGUCAAGGGAAGAAAAUGCAACCUGGUCAUGAUGAAGAAGCUGUUGUGGAUAUGGGCAAAAUCAGCUCUACUAUCAAUACAAAUUUUGAGAAGGAAGAACUAGAGAGCCACAGAGCUGUGUAUAUUGGAGUUCACGUCCCACUUGGCAAGCCAGGCCGUCGAAGGCAUAGGCAUCGUGGGCACAGGCACCACAGAAGAAAAAGAGAAAAAGACAGUGAUAGAGAGGAUGGCCGAGAAUCUCCAUCAUAUGACACACCAUCCCAACGAGUGCAGUUUAUCUUGGGUACUGAAGAUGAUGAUGAACACAUUCCUCAUGAUCUCUUCACUGAAAUGGAUGAACUUUGCUUCAAGGAUGGAGAAGAAUAUGAAUGGAAAGAAACUGCUAGGUGGCUGAAGUUCGAAGAGGAUGUUGAAGAUGGCGGUGAUCGAUGGAGCAAGCCUUACGUAGCGACUCUGUCUCUGCACAGUCUCUUUGAACUGCGGAGCUGUAUUCUUAAUGGGACGGUCAUGUUGGACAUGAGAGCAGACACACUUGAUGAGAUAGCAGAUAUGGUUUUGGACAGCAUGAUUGCCUCUGGCCAGCUGGAUGAAUCCAUAAGAGAGAAAGUGAGAGAGGCUCUUCUAAAGAGGCACCAUCAUCAGAAUGAGAAGAAAUUCAGCAGUCGGAUUCCUCUAGUUCGGUCUUUCGCAGAUAUAGGCAAGAAACAUUCUGACCCUCACUUGCUUGAACGAAAUGGGGAAGGCCUUUCAGCCUCCCGGCACUCUUUGCGAACAGGUCUCUCUGCCUCCAAUCUUUCCCUGAGAGCAGACAGCCGUUUGUCGGUUCUUCUCAGUUACCUUCUUCCUUCUUCAAGAGCUGGGAGCCCGGCAGCCUCGAGGUGUACAACCCCUGUAACCACCCCUCAAAACACACCACCCUCCAGCCCUACCUGCAGCCCAAGCACAAGUGCCCAGCCAAGCCCGCUUCAGGGCAAGGAAUUGCUGGUGUCACCUGCCAGUGAUGAUAUUCCUUCAGUAGUAAUCCACCCACCUGAGGAGGACUUAGAAGUGCAGGAAAGCCAGGAAAAGAAGACAGAGGAAAAUAUUGGCAAAACACCAGGGCUGUUGGCAUCUCCACAGUCAGCACCUGGAAGUUUGGACACUGGGAAAAGUGGAGAUGUUAAAGCUACUGGGACAGGAGGAAGCAGAGAAAACAGCACUGUUGAUUUUAGUAAGGUUGAUAUGAACUUCAUGAGGAAAAUUCCUUCAGGAGCAGAAGCAUCAAAUGUGUUAGUGGGAGAAGUAGAUUUUUUAGAAAGACCUAUUAUUGCUUUUGUGAGGCUCUCCCCUGCUGUGCUUCUCUCGGGUCUCACAGAAGUUCCGGUUCCUACACGGUUUUUGUUUUUGUUGUUGGGACCAGUAGGAAAAUGUCCACAGUACCAUGAAAUUGGACGAUCAAUAGCAACACUUAUGACAGAUGACGUUUUCCAUGAUGUUGCCUAUAAAGCAAAAGACCGAAAUGAUUUGUUGUCAGGAAUUGAUGAGUUUUUAGACCAAGUGACAGUCCUGCCUCCGGGAGAGUGGGAUCCAUCUAUACGAAUUGAGCCACCAAAAAAUGUUCCUUCCCAGGCGAAAAGGAAGGCAUCUAAAUUUCCAAAUGGAUCUACUCCUACAGGAGAGGGUCUUAAAGAAGAAGGCCAUCAUGCUGGACCUGAACUUCAGAGAACUGGAAGGCUUUUUGGUGGUUUGAUACUUGACAUCAAAAGGAAAGCACCUUUUUUCUUGAGUGACUUCAAGGAUGCAUUAAGCCUGCAGUGCCUGGCCUCGAUUCUUUUCCUAUACUGUGCCUGUAUGUCUCCUGUAAUCACUUUUGGAGGGCUCCUGGGAGAAGCUACAGAAGGCAGAAUAAGUGCAAUAGAGUCUCUCUUUGGAGCCUCAUUAACUGGGAUUGCCUAUUCUCUCUUUGCUGGGCAACCUCUUACUAUCUUGGGAAGCACAGGACCAGUUCUAGUAUUUGAAAAAAUAUUAUUUAAAUUUUGCAGGGAUUAUGGUCUUUCCUACCUCUCCCUGCGAGCUAGCAUUGGUCUGUGGACUGCAUUUCUGUGCAUCAUGCUUGUAGCCACAGAUGCCAGCAGCCUCGUGUGCUACAUCACUCGAUUUACUGAGGAAGCUUUUGCAGCACUCAUAUGUAUCAUAUUUAUUUAUGAGGCAUUGGAAAAGCUUGUCCAUUUGGGAGAAGUGUAUCCCUUCAAUAUGCACAAUGAUUUGAAUAAACUGACUUCAUAUUCAUGUGUGUGUUCUGAGCCUGAGAAACCAAGCAAUGAAACGUUGCGUAUGUGGAGGACUAUGAAUAAGUCUCGUGAAGAUAUAGCAUGGAAUAAUCUUACAGUUUCUGAAUGUUUAGAAUAUCAUGGUGUGUUUCGUGGAUCAGCUUGUGGCCAUCACGGACCAUAUAUUCCAGAUGUUCUUUUCUGGUCUGUCAUACUAUUUUUUGCAACAUUUUUCCUCUCCUCUUUCCUUAAGAAAUUCAAGACCAAACGCUAUUUCCCAACUAAGGUGCGUUCCACCAUCAGCGACUUUGCAGUAUUUCUGACCAUAGUAAUCAUGGUUUUGAUUGACUAUCUUAUAGGAGUACCUUCUCCUAAGCUUCACGUUCCAGAGAAGUUUGAACCCACCCGAAAAGAUCGAGGAUGGUUCAUAGAUCCUCUUGGACGCAAUCCUUGGUGGACACUCUUGGUUGCUGCUGUUCCUGCUUUACUCUGUACCAUUCUCAUUUUCAUGGAUCAACAAAUAACAGCUGUUAUUAUAAACAGGAAAGAGCAUAAACUGAAGAAAGGCUGUGGUUAUCAUCUUGAUCUGCUCAUGGUUGGUAUUAUGUUGGGAAUAUGUUCUAUCAUGGGCUUACCGUGGUUUGUUGCUGCAACUGUCCUGUCUAUAAGUCAUGUUAACAGCCUGAAAGUUGAAUCUGAAUGCUCAGCACCAGGAGAACAACCAAAGUUUUUGGGAAUCCGGGAGCAGCGAGUGACAGGAUUGAUGAUUUUUGUGCUGAUGGGGACGUCAGUGUCCAUGACCUCUGUGUUAAAGUUUAUUCCAAUGCCAGUUUUGUAUGGUGUCUUUCUUUACAUGGGAGUAUCUUCAUUAAAAGGGAUUCAGUUUUUUGACCGUAUAAAACUGUUUGGAAUGCCUGCCAAACAUCAACCUGACCUGAUUUAUCUACGUUAUGUACCACUCUGGAAGGUCCAUGUCUUUACAGUUGUUCAGCUCACUUGUCUAGUUUUGUUGUGGGUGAUCAAAGCCUCUGCAGCUGCUGUUGUUUUCCCCAUGAUGGUUCUAGCAUUAGUGUUCGUUCGCAAGCUCAUGGAUUUGUGUUUCACCAAAAAAGAGCUUAGCUGGCUUGAUGAUCUUAUGCCAGAAAGUAAAAAGAAGACAGAAGAUGAUAAAAAGAUAAAAGAGAAAGAAGAAGCAGAGAGAAUGUUUUCAGACCAUGACAGUGUACACCUUGCAUAUGGAGAAGCAAAUAUAGAUUUUCCUGUAAAAACCCUGAAAUACAGCACUGAUCCCUCAGUUGUAAACAUAUCAGACGAAAUGGCCAAAACUGCACAGUGGAAGGCUCUUGCCAUGAGUACUGAGAAUGCCAAAGUAACCAGAGCUAACCUGAGCCCUGAAAAACCAGAAAGUGUGAAAAUAGAAGUGGAAAAGUCACCUGUUGUGCGAUAUGUCGAUGCUGAAACAUCUUUAUAGAAUGGAACCAAUGGGAAUUGCUUGUGUGUGUAUAUAUAUCACUGUAGGAUAUUUUACCAUGGAAGUGUGAUUUCCAGUUUAAGGAGCAACAUGUAUUUAAUUUCUGCCGGUUUUUUUGGGCACUGUAGAUAUGCUUGCAUAAUGCAAAGAUUUUCCCAGCAAAUGAGUGGUAAUCACACUUCAGCUAUUUAUUUUAUUGGAAAUUUUAUUUUCAUUUUUAAAUAGGAAGACUGUAAUGAAUGCUUAUUAUUUUCCAUAAUCAAUAUGUGCAUAAAAGUUACAUCAGCUUUUGCUGAUGAUUACUGGUCCACAUUGCUUAAAAUUUUGCAAUACCUCUGUUUAUAAUGUGCGCCACAGAAGUUUUGUUUUCCAUGCAGGCAAUUAAUGCUUGUUUUUGCAGGGUAUACUUUUUUUGUGGUUUCAUAGAACAAAUGUUAAUGUGCUGUUGACAAGAACUACUGUGUUUUAUGUCUCCACUCCAUGCUAGUGUUUUCUGGAUUCUGUUCUCUCCUACUCUACAGGAGUGGCCUAGAGCCCUAAGUCAGGUGGUUAGUUAAGCCUUAAAAUGUAUCUAAAUACCCUGGUGUGCUGCUUUCUUUGGUUUUCUGAAUUCUCUUGAGUUUUCAUUAUUGUCCAGUAGCAGUAUGAGUGCAGUAAUGGCAGUUACAGUCCCAAGUCAGUAUUUGCCAUUCUGGACACUCCAUGUUUACACAAUAUAAAUUGGAUUUAAGGCAGCAAUUGGUCUAUAGGAAAUUAUAAGUACUUACCACGUCAGUACUCUUGAAUUCUUCUCUUCCUUUUUGCUUACAUUUUUUCCCAUAGAUUUUCAGCGUCUGAUUUACUCAGCUUUAAGAUUUUGGAGUAUUUAAUAUCUUCAUCAAAUAUAUUUCUUGGUUAAUAAAUUUUUUAAUUUACUGUGUAUUUGAUUAAAUUAGUUGUAGCUCAGUUCUGGAAUAGGUUUAUGAUCAGUAUUAUUUUAUGGAUUACUAAUUGCUUGUGGUAUUUGUAUGUACAGUUCUGAUCCUCUCCAUUGUAAAGGGCAUAUAUGGUAGCACACCAACUUAUUUUUAAACACAUUAUUUAUUUUAAUUAGUAUAAAUUUCUAUCAUGUAAGAUGAAUUGAAAAAAUAAAUAUUCAUUUAUUAAAGUAAAUGGGAUUUUUGGGGGACUCCACUGAUAAAGAUGCAGUCAGUGCAUUUAUUGUACUUACAUUUUCAAGUUCUAGUGUUUAGCAUUAUAAUAUUUGAAAUAAUGAGAAUUUUAUAUAUAAAUGAAAAUCUUGAUGACUUACCUGUGCAGUUUCCAUUCUUAAUAUUUUUUUUGCCUUAUGCCUUAGUUUUUGGCUUUAAUUUCCAACAGUAUCUCUUUACAUUCUGAAUUGCCACUAGCCCUUUCUGGAUGCAUUACAAUGGCUUUAAUUAGAAUCUGUGCUCAUUUAAUACUAGAAGAUGCUGUUUGCGUAAUGCUGCUUUUGGCAGAAUUGGGAGUUUUACCAUGGACCAAAUGAUAAAAUUCUCAACGAUUGCAAAAGGAGCUGAUUCUGGAGGAGGGCAGACUUUAUCUGAAAAUACCACUUGAGGUGGAAUUUUGGUGCUCUUCAGCCAAGUCACCUGUAGAGAAGGUAACUGUAUAUUACAAAAGUGGGAAUAAAUAGAAACAUUUAAAAAUAGUAUUUACAUUACAUGGACUGUUACUGUUCCCUUUAAAUGUAAUGCAAUUAUUUAACAUUUUUUUCUUUCCUUUUUUCAUUUAACUGAAUUCUGAGAAGGCAGUUUAAAGAAAGGAAAUCGUAGUGUACAGCAAUAUGAGUAAUGGUAUCCAAGCUGUCAUAACAGGCUCAGGUCAGGGGCAAAGCAAGAGAGGUCUGCAUUACCAGUUUGAGCAAUACUGUGUAAUGACCUGCAUUCUUAGAUAUUAGUGUAGCUUGUGCCUUAGUUUGACUUCGUGCUCUUUCAGAAAGUCCCAUGGUUUCCCUCUGAUCAAACUGAGAUAACAAUGAAACUACAGCAGAUGAUUUCUCAAAACUUGGUACAUUAUUUUAAAAAAACCCAAACAACAUCCGUCUGCAUGUCAGUAGUUGACAACUACUCUUGCUCUAAUUCAAGGAGGGAAGAGAUACUUUGAGGGUUUUAUGUAGCAUCAUCCACAAUACAGUACUUGUGUCGUCUCAGUAGUAUUUUUCGCUUCCUGUUCAAAGUCCUGCAACAGUUUCCAAAGACCCAAAAAGUUACUAGAAGCUUCUUGGAUUUCAAACUCUUUAAUGCUGGAAAUCAGGGUUCCAUGGUGCUGCACACUUUGGCUUCUACUUCAGAAGUUUUGGUCAUUAUUACUGGAAGUGGAUAUAUUUUGAGUAACAUUGAAAGGAAACAAAACCAAAGCCCCACAAGUCUAAUCACAGUAUUUAUUUAAUUAUGUAGAUAUUGUAAUCAGUACCAGAAAUACCAUGACUUGGCAAACCAGUUUACAGUGACCUUUAGUUCCAGUGUUCUUGGGCAAUAGUUAUACUUGCACUUUCUUCCCAUAUGAACAGGAGAAGAUCUGGUAUUAAGUGCAUAAAUCCCUGUUGCUAAUGUAUGGUUAAGUGAUUCAAUAGUCAUUUUACACCUUCUCUGCUUUAAAGUAACACCUAGUAUUAAAAUAAGACAGCUAAGGAUGUAGUUUAUUGUGUGUAGAUGUAUGUUUUGCCUUAAUGGAUGCAAAAGAGCAGUGACAAUUGCUGUGCACUGAUUUUUAUUUUUUUUCAUAGGGCUUAAGCCCUGUAAAAACUACGCCAAUGGAUUUCCAUUCCAAUAGCUAGAGGAAAAUAAACAACCCUGCACUUUUUAUAGAUGCCUUGGUUUCCUGGAAUGGAGCUUAGUGCUACUGUGUACCUGGCUGCAGAGCCACCUCAGGAAGUCCCUCUUUUUUUUUUCCCUUCUUUUUUUCUUCUUCUUUUUUUUUUUUUAUUUAUUUAUAAAUAUUAAUGUUUACAUGAAAUCUAGGUCUUAAUUUUGACCACUCCAUUUAAAUUAUCCUCUAAAAUGUAUCACUUAAAAUGCAGUUUUGUGUUUAAAUUAUAUUCUAGAAAACUGAUUUUCAUAUGUAUUACAGUGAGACAUUUUUCAUUCUGUUUACAUAUGCCCAAGUUAACAACAAUUUCCUCCUAGAUGAACUUUGCAGCUAUAACAUCAUAUUUUAUAUAAUUGUUCCAUGAAACGUUCCAAAUUGCCAAGUUUGUCAUCAUAAAACCUGUCAGGGUAGAACUUGGUGCCCUAAUGGCUUUGGGAUCUUUUUCAACCAAGUAUCUUGGCCAUUUUUUCUUCAUUUAAUGCAAGUUCUCCUGUAAGUUAUCAUUUGCUUCACCUGCAUCUCUGUCUUUAUCCGGUCACUUCCUAAUUCGUGCCCUUUGCAAAGGCAGGUUCGACUGGCUGUGAAAUAUUUCUGUACCAAAUGGGUGUCACGUGGCAGAGCCUGCGUUGCUCUUAAGGGUUUGUCUUGUACAUAGGUUCUGGAAAUCAGAAAGUGAAUGGUUCAGCACUCUGAGUUCACAAAUGAAAUCUGUCAGGCAAGCACCACAGCGAGCUUAGUUGUCUUUUUGCUUUCUUAUGAUUAGUAAUGUUUUAAUUACUCAUCUAGGACAAAAUUAUCAAGUGCAGUAAAACGUGGGAAAUACUUUGUUUAUACCAACAGUAAUUUAUUUUAUGGCAAAUUUUAAGACUAUAGAUGCACACGGCUUUGAGUCAGCGUAAGUGUAGUGCUAUAAAUAAAGCAAAUUGCUCAGUAAGUUUGUCAAUUUUAUUUUAUAAUGUUUUUAGCGAAAACUUCUAGGACUUUGUAGUUGGCAUUGAACUUUGCCUAAAGACACUUUCAUAUUGAAUUUAGUAUCUGUUGACAUUUAUUUGGAAUAAUGAAUGAGUUUGAAAAUCGAUACUUUUCUAAAUGAUUUUAUUGGAAAGACACAUAAUUUCUUGUAUUUUCCUUUCUAUUGUUGCUGAUGCUCCUGUGCAAAGGUGUCUUCCAGGUUCAGCUUUUGCAGCUGAACUGCUGUUUUGAUUUUAAUAUUCUUAUUUGAAAUGUGAUUACAUACUGUAUGGUUCGAAUUUUUUAUGACAGCUUUUCUAAUUACAGUGACGUUUUCUUACUUUAUAAACAAAUCCAAAGCAAAUGAAAACAUUAUUCCAACUGUAGAAUCAAUAUUCAGUUUAUAUGGAAAACACGACUCUCAGACUUGUUUUUAAUGUGAUUCAGCCUUUGUGUUGUUUUAAUUACUGCUAGAAUAAAAUUAUCUUUUGUAACGUUUCAGAAAGUUGGUAAAAGCAAUAAACAAUCUCCUGGACUC